GAUCUCUCACUGAUGAACAUCGCUUAGUUUCUCGGUGUCGAUGUCGUUAGAUCGCCUGUUUCUUGAGCUGCCCCAAGCUCCAGUGCCAAAGUGAAGCUCUCAGUGGAAGCUUUCGGCGCUGGGAACCAUAGGUGGGCCAUCCAGACCCUAACCCUGAAGCAACCCCCUACUUGGCAACGGUUUGUUCCGCAGCGCAUCCCACCGCGCCCAGGAAAGCUCCACGUCGGGUCAAUUAAACUACAGGGGAAAGAGGCCACUGACAACAGCUUCACCACUCACUUCACCUUCUCCCAGCCCAAAACCACACAGCAAAGCCCAAAAUGGAUCCCUACUCGGCCGAAGGCGAACUCAUCAACAUCCACAAUCAUUUUCACCAAGGACAAUACCAAGAAGUGGUCGACUACGGUGUUUCCACCCUGUCCUCCGAGAACGAGCUCCCCGCCCGUGUCCUCCAGCUGCGAGCUCGCAUCGCUCUAGGCCAGGCCGAGGAUGCCCUCGCCGACGUAACGGGCGAGAAGGAGCCAGAGUUGCAGGCCAUCGCUGCCCUGGCCGAGCAAGCGCUUGGGAACAGCGACAAGGCGGUUGGUAUCAUCGAGAAGCUCGCAGAGUCAGCGGCCGGCAACACUACAGUACAGGUUGUGGGCGGGACAGUAUUGCAGGCUGCGGGCAAGAGUGAGGAGGCUUUGGCGCUUCUUUCGCAACACCAGGGAAGCUUGGACGCCGUUGCGCUUAUUGUGCAGAUCCAUCUGCAACAAAACAGAAAUGACCUUGCAGUCAAGGAGGUUACCGCCGCGCGGCGGUGGGCGCAGGACAGUUUGUUGGUGAACUUGGCAGAGUCUUGGGUUGGGUUGAGGCUGGGCGGUGAGAAGUACCAACAAGCCUUCUACGUCUUUGAGGAGCUCGCGCAAGCACCCGCUACAUCAUCAGUCCGGUCCCUCGUCUCCCAGGCCGUUGCCGAGCUUCACCUUGGCAGAACAGAAGAGGCCCAAGCUGCUCUCGACCAGGCCUUGAAAAAGGAGCCAAAGUUCGCCGAGGCCAUCGCCAACCUUCUGGUGCUGAACGUCAUUGCCGGCAAGGAUGGUGCGGAGCAGAAGACUCUUCUCGAAGCCACAGACGCUCAGCACCCUCUCCUGGUGGACCUGGCGGAAAAGAGUGAUCUGUUUGACAAGGCGGCGUCAAAGUACAGCGCCAAGGUCUCUGCGUAGAUUGGUGCUUUUUUGAAACGAGCGAGUUUAUGAAAUAUUUGAUGAUAUCCCACAGCCCUCCUUGAAACUCCAUGGGUUACUUUGAUUAUUACAGGGACACAGGACUCUAAAAAGCUGAUAUAUAGAGGAACGAAGAUAAUUUACCAAUUUUGUCUACUUUCGUCCAGCCCAGAAUAUGCUGCUUGGUUCCUGCAGUAGGACUAGAGGCAAAACGCGCGAGUUUGUACCUGCA